UUUUUUUUGUAUAAUUUUACGAUGUAAAAACAAAAAAAGCAGCAUUAAACAAAUUGUUAAUAUUUUUCAGUAUCGAUAUGCAACAGGACUCGAUUAUUUAUUGUUAUUUGUUGGCGUAUUAAGUGGAUUAGCUCAUGGAAUUCUAAAUGGCACAGGGCAGCUUAUUUUCCGCGACUUAUCCGACGUUUUAAUUAAAGGACAAAUUAUGUGGGAAUUAGGAUUGUUCAAUUAUGAUGAAUUUUUUAUUGGUGCAAUGAAGGCAAUCUAUGCUUAUAUUAUAUAUGGCCUAUUAAUAUUUAUUCUUAUGUUAUCAUGGAAUAUUCUAAGUGAACGCCAGACCUACCAAAUCAAAAAACAUUAUUUUUUGGCUGUUUUGCGGCAAAAUAUGGCAUGGUUUGAUGAGAAUGAAUCUGGUGAUCUAAUCAACAAGAUGACAAAUGGUGCGGAUCGUGUACGAGACGGUUUAGGUGAAAAAUUAGGACUCACUUUUAUAUAUUUGGCGAAUUUUAUUUCUGGCAUUGUUGUUUUCAUAAAUAGAAGCGCAAAGAAUGAAAUGGCUGCAAGCGGAAGUGUUGGAGCGAUUGCUGAAGAAGUCAUCUCAGGAAUUAGAACGAUAAUCGCAUUCAACGGGCAGGAAAACGAAAUCGAAAGGUGCUUCUUUGACCGAUGCUUGGUUAACCAUUGUCAUUUUUCAUGGAAAACCUAUAAUAAUUUGUUUGGAACAAAAAUUUAUAUAAAUAAUGAAAUAUCACCUGGCACGAUUUUUGCAACAUUUUGGGCAAUUUUAAGCGGAACAAUAGCUUUGGGAGUUUGCAGUUCGCAAUUAUCAAUCGUUCUUAGUGCACGAGCUAUAGCAUCAUCUCUGUUUGAAAUUAUUGAUAGAAUUUCUCCUGGUCAAUCUAUAGCGUUGGUUGGGCACAGCGGUUGUGGAAAAAGCACCAUUCUUCAGUUGCUGCUGCGGUUCUAUGAUCCAGAUAGCGGCUCAAUAACAUUCGAUGGAUUACCAACUAAGGAUCUAAAUUUGCGAUGGUUACGAGAAAUAAUUGGUGUUGUCGCUCAGGAACCAAUACUUUUUGAGGCAACGAUCGAAGAUAAUUUAUGCCGAAAUGUUGGUGCAGAAGAAAUGUUCGAAGCUUGUCGACUAGCUAAUGCACAUCAUUUCAUCGAAAAAUUACCUCAAGGUUAUAAAACAAAAAUCGGAAGCGGUGAGCUUCAGCUAUCUGGCGGUCAAAAACAACGCAUUGCUAUUGCACGAGCACUCUUACGAAAUCCAAAAAUAUUGGUUCUUGAUGAGGCGACUAGUGCACUUGAUAGUGAAAGUGAACAAAUCGUUCAGCAAUCUCUUGAUAAUGCGAUUCAAGGACGUACAGUGAUUACGGUGGCUCAUCGCUUAUCGACAAUACGUAAUUCGGAUCUUAUUCUAGUCCUGGACCACGGGAAAAUUGUUGAAUUCGGUACACACGAAGAACUACUGAAGUUCAAAGGAACAUACUGGAAGCUUGUUGUCGCACAAGAUAUUGAAAAAAUAGUGGAUAGUGAAGUACCAACUGAAAGCGAAGGAUUAUUUGAAAUCAUAUUGUUUGCACGUAAAUUAUGGUUGAUAUUAUCAUUUGCUGCUGUGAUAUCGAUCUUAAGGGGACUCAUUUUUCCUGUUUUCUCUCUUAUUUAUGGUGAUCUUUUCAAGGUUUGCUCUCGAUUUUUUUCUUCCAAUUCGACUAGCUUUAUUCAGCAAUAUUGUAAAACAGGUAUGGCUGCUCAACUUUGCUUUCUUUCAUUUUUGGUUAAUAAAAUUCACCGAAAAUUUAUCGAUAUGUUCAAACAGGAUAGCGAAUAUUUCGAUUCUUCCGAUCAUUCGCCAGGAAAAUUAAUAACUCGACUAUCGACUGAUGCAUCGAAUAUACGAGCAGCGAUAGAUCAGAGGCUUUCUGAUGCAAUACAAGGUAUUGCAGGAGUCAUAUAUGGCGUUAUAAUUGCUUUCACUUAUAGUAUCACUAUGGCUCCAAUUGGACUAUUAACUUCAACUGGAUUAAUUAUUUUGCAAAAUAUAAUAUCGCAAAUUGUGAAAAAAAGAUUACAGCAAGAUUCAUUGCUAUUGAUAGAACCAUCUAGACUAACAAGCGAAAUAAUUGGCCAUCACAAAACUGUGCAAUAUUUAACUCGCGAACAAUAUUUCUACGAUCUCUAUGAGAAGCAAAUGGAAAAGCCGUAUAAACGAAUAUUAAUACGUGCAUUCAUACAAUCGCCUAUAUUUGCGUUGAGCUCUUCCUUUAUCUUUAUUAAUUUUGCUUGUGCAUAUCGCUAUGGACUUUGGUUAAUAUAUAAAGGAAAUGCAUCGCCAUAUAUUGUUUUCCAAGUGAUCGAAUCGCUAAAUCUAGCAUCGUUGGGUUUAGUGGCCGUAGGCGUAUAUAUGUUCGAAUACUUGCGUGCUCGUGUAAGCGCCAAUAUUAUCUUCAAAAUGCUUCGAGAACAGCCGAAAAUUGAUAGUUUUUCUAAUGGUGGAAAAAUGCUGAGUAUAAGCGGUAAUAUAAAAUUGGACCAAGUUUAUUUCGCUUAUCCAGCAAAUCCUCGACAUUUGGUGAUAAAUCGAUUAAAAUUUGAAGUGCAAAAAGAAAAAACUGUUGCUAUAGUAGGUCAAAGUGGAUGCGGAAAAUCUACGAUUCUUCAACUAUUACAGCGUUUUUAUGAUACAAUUGAUGGUAGAAUUUUAUUUGAUGACAUUGAUUGUCGCGAUAUCAAUCCACAAAAUCUUCGAUCUCAAAUCGCUAUCGUUAGCCAAGAACCCGUAUUAUUCAAUCUGCCUAUUCGUGACAAUAUCGCUUAUAACAUUAAAGACGUGAAGCAAUGGCAAAUUGAAGAAGCAGCAAAAUUAGCAAAUGCACAUAGUUUCAUAUGUGAAAUGCCUGAGGGCUACGAUACUUCGGUUGGUGAGAAAGGAAGUAAGCUGUCUGUUGGCCAGAAACAAAGGAUUGCAAUAGCAAGAGCAAUCAUACGAAAUCCAAAAAUCCUUCUUCUCGAUGAGGCAACAAGUGCUUUGGAUUCAAAAAGCGAAAAGCUCGUGCAAGAAGCUUUAAAUCGUGCCAAAAAAGGUCGAACGUGUAUUGUGAUAGCACAUCGUCUUUCAACAAUUCAAAAUUGUGAAAUGAUUUUUGUUUUGAAGAACGGGCGAAUAGUCGAAUCGGGCAAUCAUCAGCGACUAUUGGCAGCCAAUGGCCUCUAUGCAAAAUUAAUCGAAAAGCAAAAUCUUUAA